AUGAUAGGUCAAGGUAAGACUGAGACAUUGAGGGUUUUCAAUGAUGAUCCGGAUGAUUGGUACAACGGUGAUAAACCGAAUUAUAUAAGUACCAUCAGAAUCAAAUGGUCUAGAUUAAUGUUCCAAGAUGAGUAUGAGCGAUUAUUUGACUCUGCCAAAGGAAGCCAGACCGGAUAUCAAUGCCAACAACAAUAUUACUAUCCGUCGCAAAGUGCUCAGAAUCCAGAGUCUGAGGUUGGAGGAUUCCAAGUACUGGGAGAAGUCUCUGAUGACGAGGAGAAUGAUGAUCAGCCCCCUGACAAUCCUCUCUCCAACUCUUUGAAUACCAUGAGUGGGAAUAUGGUUGGACUGCACACCAAUGUAUCAGGUCCCCCAAAGACUACUGAUCAAGAAGACUCCGAGCCAAGCGGAGAGGUGGGAACAUCAACUGAAGGCGGUUCCAGGUUCAACAGAUUAUCGAGGUUCUUCCCAGGAUUUAAGUGGAAAGCAAAGAUGGGGAGUCAAUAA